UCAGCAUCCGAGUUGAAAAAACGUAGAAAAUACAAUGAAAAGGAAACUGCCCCAAAGAGAAAAUUAAAGUACACAAUUAUCUCCCGCGUUUAAAUUUCCACAAACUAUCUAGACACAACCUUACAAACUUCAUUUCGCAUUUGUCACCGGUAUGGGAAAAUUUAACUGUAAUGAGUGAAUUUCUGCAGAUUCAAAGAAAAUUACAUGAAAAAAAUAUUAAAUAAGAAAUUUCCGACUCCAUCAAAGCUUGUCAGCAAAGUCUUUCAACGUCAGAAACCCUGUAAUGCCGAUUCUAACGAAACACAAAUGACCACCGACGCCAGUCUGAUCAAAGAAGUGGACUCUUUGAAAGCACAAGUCGAUGGCUUAAAAGACGCACUAAACGCUCUAAAACUGGACACAGAAAACAAAGAGAUCAAACUGGCGAAACUAGCAAGAGAAAAGGAGAAAUUAUCGAUGAGUCUCGCAAAGGUCAGACGAUCAAACGACAACCUGGCGCAACAGUUGGAAAGCGAAAGAAAUUUUUAUUACAAAGAAAAAGAAUCGUAUUGUCAGGAGAUGAACGAGUACAAGAAGUUAAAAAAAGUUUUGAGUAAUUCAAACAUCAGCACACGGAAUGACGGGGAAGAGGUUUCGAAACUAAAAAAAACAUUAGAGCACACCCUCCAAACCAACUAUAACUUAAGCGUCAAGUUUUUAAGAAUGAAAGAAACGAAAAACUUGUUGGUCAAAACACUGGAUCAGACCGAAGAGGAGCACAAAAGGGUCGUCGAAGACUUCAGAUACAAAAUCGAUACUCUAACAUCCGAGUUCAAAGAGAUUCUUAAUCAAAAGUUCGACGCCCCUCUUUCCCCAAGCAAUAAAAAGUAUUUACAACUCGUAAAUCAAAACAGCUCUCUUGUUUACGAAAACCUCUACUUGCAAAUGCAACUCGACCAAGUUAACUUGAAACUCAGACGCGACAAAAUACUCCAAACCAAAAGCGAAACGAACGCUCGAAUUCAACAAACCGCGAAAGAAAAAAGGGCGAAAAAGUUGAGGUCACCCCACAGGAGCGAGGACUGUAAAAUAAUAAAAAUCUUCGAAAGAGAGAAACAAGGUAGUCUGCCGACGGUGACGAUUUUAAAUGAAAAGGAGGUCACCCUGAAACUUUCAGAGAGAAAGCUCCAAUUACCCGUUGUAAACGAAUCCAAGCUGGAAGUUUUCCAAGUUUCCGAAGUUCAGUCGCGGAGUUCUGUUGCUGACUUGACUGGAAGUAGGAAGAGAAGUCGGUCCGCGCCAAAAAUUGUUCAGAGUGCUACGUUCACACCAACAAUGAAAACAAAAAACGAAAAAUAAAUUUAUUUAAGUGGU